UAAACAUCUGCAUAAUUAUAGUAUUCCAUAUGAUGGUAGAAUUUUAUUGAAGGUGAUAGCCUACAAGGAAAGAAACAACUCACCCACCAUCUUAACUACAAUUCUACAAUGACCACAGAACAGUUCUCAGCAUUAAUUUAGACAGCGUGUCUGGUUUCAUAUAUCAUUUAGGCUAGUCAUAAAAAAUGAAAUGUCUAUCCCAAGCUUGCAGCAAUUAGCUUAAGAAUAAACAUGAAAUCACUUCAAGUGGCCCAAGCACAAGACCCUGAAAGUCAGUCUGACAGAACUGAACAAGUUUCAGAUAAAAGCAUAGUUAUUCCCAACAAACAUGUCACAAUAGCUGAUAGCAUAAAAAAUGAACAUUCAAGGUUCGUUGCCCCUCGAAUUCCAACAGACUUUUCAAUUCAAGUCCAGGAAACCACUUAUAAUGUGCACAAGUACCCAUUGAUAUCAAAAUGCGGCUACAUAGGACGGUUGGAAGUACAGCCUCUAAUCUCAAAUUCUGGGAAUGUGCUCAAGCUUGAAAACUUUCCAGGUGGAUGUGAAACAUUUGAAACAAUUCUAAAAUUCUGUUAUGGCCUCCCUAUAGACUUCAACUCAGAUAAUGUAGCUGCACUAAGAUGUGCGUCAGAAUUUCUAGAGAUGACUGAAGAACUAGAAGAUGGCAAUCUCAUUUCCAAGACAGAAGCUUUCCUCACAUUUGUCGUGCUUUCUUCAUGGAAAGAUACUGUUACUGUUCUGAAAUCUUGUGAAAAUCUAUCUCCAUGGGCUGAAAAUAUCCAAAUUGUUAGAAGAUGCUGUGAUUCUAUAGCUUGGAAGGCUACUAAAAAUGAGCCCGCAAGUGAGGAUGCAGCAUCUAAUCAAGAAAGCUGGUGGUUCGAUGAUUUGGCCACCCUCCGCAUUGAUCAUUUUAUGCGGAUAAUUUCAGCAAUUAGGGCAAAGGGAACCAAACAAGAGAUCAUUGGUAAAUGUAUCAUGCAAUAUGCCAAGAGAUGGCUACCAGGAAUGUAUGAGGAGUUAGAAGGGCUAAGAGGAUAUGGGCAUGGAAAAAGUAAUCUACAGUUCACUAUAUUUAGCAUGAAGAAAGAAGAGAGCACUAGACAUAGCAAGGAGCAAACGACUAUUAUUGAAAGCCUAAUAAGCAUAAUUCCUCCUCAACAAGAUGCUGUCCCAUGUAAGUUCUUGUUGCAGAUGCUAAAGAUGGCAAUGAUGUAUUCUGUAUCAUCAGCUCUCAUUUCAGACCUUGAAAAGAGAGUUGGUAUGGUGUUAGAAGAUGCUGAGGUGGAUGAUCUCUUAAUUCCUAGAUAUCAAAAUGGAGGUCAAGGAAAAAUGGUCAACAUGCCUAAUUCACCCGAAAACUGCACUAUGCAAGACAUAGAUGUAGUACAACGGAUUGUUGAAUACUUCUUGAUGCAUGAAAAACAGCAAACGCAACUGCAACAAAAGUCCGGAAAAUUCAAUAUUAGUAGGCUUUUGGACAAUUACCUAGCUGAAGUUGCAACAGAUCCAAAUCUUUCAAUUACAACGUUCCAAGUCUUAGCUGAAUUACUGCCAGAACAUACUCGAUCAUUUCACGAUGGUCUAUAUAGAGCCAUUGACACCUACCUAAAGACCCAUCCUUCCCUAACUGACCAAGACCGUAGAAGACUCUGCAAAAUAAUGAACUGUGAAAAACUCUCACUUGAUGCAUGCAUACAUGCUGCACAAAAUGAUAGAUUGCCUCUAAGAACGGUUGUCCAGACCUUUUUGAAAAAGGAAUCCCUUCCAUGCUGAUGGAAUACAAGUGAAUUGUGAUAAUCCCUUCCAUGCUGAUGGAAUACAAGUGAAUUGUGAUAUUUAAAUAAAAGAAGAAACUUCUUUAGAAGGAAAGAGGGAUCACAUAGAAGCAACAUGGUACAAAUGCUCCUUACAAAUGGAAAAAUAUAAACCAAACAGCAAGACUAAUUGGAAAGAGCUCUUAAAUCCAUCCCCAAAAUCAUGUGUCUAUAGAGAAUGAUACUAUGAGUGAAAGGGGAAAUAGUUGAUAGUAAACUCCGCAAAGUAUUUCCUCUAUACACAAAAGUUUGUGUCUUUAGUUACCUACUGUGAUUUAGAAAUAAAAUUGUCUAGACAUUGCAGCAAGACAAGAUUUGUUUGGAACAUCAGUAUAUAAUCUAGAAAUGUUGAGAUAUGACAGAAAGAAGAAAAUACUUCCAAAUCCAUUUUUAAUAAGAUAGUUGGAUUCCACAAAACAACACUGUGGAUCUGGUUCACAUUAUAGACAUAGCAUCUAAGAUAGUGUGGCAGCAUAACACAUGAUAAUUAAAAUCACAUAGGGUGUGUUUGAUUUGCAAAACAGUAAGUACUGGACAGAACAGUACAACACAAGGCAGAACAG